AAACCCUUAGAUUAAUCGAGUAAAACCCUUGUCGUGACUUCUCCUCUCGAAGUUCCGACAGAUCAUCAAUGGCGCCUGAGAGAAAAGGAGCAGGCAAAUCCGGCGGUAUAGACUCGAGCAUCUUAGCGAAGAUCAUAAAUCACGACGUCGCCUCUAAGGGGAGACGCGCAGCGUGCGGCGCAGUCUACGUGUCGAAGAAGCUGUUACGAAGUACGGGGAAAGCUGCGUGGAUCGCGGGAACGACUUUUCUCAUCCUCGUCGUGCCUUUGUUCAUACAAGCGGAGCGAGAUCAGAUGUUAGGCGAGAUUGAGUUUCAGCAAGCCAGCAUUCUCGGACCUCCACCUCCCGGAGCUCUAUAA